GGGACCGCCCUACCCAGGGCCCCCAGCAGCAGCUGGCUGGUGUAGGAGCAGUCCUGGGGGGCCUGUAUGGGGGAGUGCCCUGGUCACCAGACAGCACCCACGCCCCCGGGCCCGAAGGUAAGAAGGUGGGGAGGGGCUACCCCAGAGGGGUCUCGGGCAGGAGGCCUCUUUUUCAAGGUGUCCCUCCUUGGCAGAGGUGCUUGCUCAGAAUUGGGGUCCCUAUUUCUCAGGGCUCUCUGCAACUUGCUCUUCCCAAAGGUGCAAGGGCUGAGAGGCUCUGGGGUUGUCUCCACUUUUGGCCAGGCAGGUCUUGAACCCUCCUCCUGCCUGGGGUGUGUGGAACAGCCCACCAUUGGGUAGUGCGUUCCAGUGGCCUAUGGUGCUCCUUUGAAAGCUGUCUGGAUACCCUCUUGGGAUCAGCAACCACCAGCCCUAGACCCUGUGACUGGCACACACUUAAUACUGGCUUGCUUCCCAUGGAAUUUCAGGACUGGACUCUUUCUGCUUGCCCUGCUUCAACAUGCCCCUUCUUCAACAUGGCCUACAGAAGAUCAUGAGACUGUGGGGUGUGGAGAGCUACUGUGGCAGACCUUCACCUAUCAGCUUCCUUCAAGCUGUUCCGUACCCUUAGCUGCCUGUUGGGAGGGGGUCUGGUGCUCUCCCAACACUAGGGGCUCAGGCUUGAGGCAGAUGCAGCAGUAGUAGCUCUGCUCCCUGCACAGCCCUGGGUUCCACAGGAGACAUACUCUUGGCCCCCUUUCUGAGGCACCUGCUGUGUGUUCAUGGCAGUGACUUCCCAUAGACAGCUUAAUUCACCUGCCUGCCAUCUGCCAGCAUUGGGAAGGGGCAGGCAUGGAGCUGUGGGCAACAGGCAGGGGAUGGACCUCCCAGGAUGACUUUGACACCAAGGUCUGACUCCUGGCAGACAAGGGACCUAAGGGUGUGCUGAAGGGUGUCACAGGCUGCAGGAGAGUCCAGAGUCUGAGUUACCCUUAUGGAUGGGAGCCAUUGGGAAACUCAAGGUCCACGGGCAGAACUGUUGCAGGGACCCAUGAGGGGCAGAGUAGCCAGGCCUGGUGACUGUGGGCAGGAUAGGGUGCUUUUUCACAUUCAUGGGACAGCAUUAAGAGUUUGUCCCCAGUUCCUCUUGUCCACACUACAGUGCUCCAGAGAAUGCCUCCCUAUGUCUUUAAAUAGCUUUGUUGAGAUAGGGCUUUUGCACUAUCAAUUCACCUGUUAUAAAUUUCUGAUUAGUUCCUAACUGUGUGCAGACGUCCUCAUGAGCCAUCCGCAUGAGCCAGUUUGCAGCAUCUUUGCACCCUAAAGAGAUCUCACCUGUUUGCCGUGACCCACAUCCUGGCCCUACAUAGCCACUAACUGCUUCCUGUCCAUAGGUUUGGCUUCUCUAGAAAUUUUACGUGAAAAUCACAAUACGUAGCCUUAUGUGUGCUUCCACUCAGUGUAAAGUUUUCAAGCUUCAUCCAUAUUGCUGCCUGUAUCAGAAUUUCACUUCUUUUUACAAAUUAGUAUUCUAUUGUGAGGCUAGAUUACCUUUGGUUUACCUGUUCACAGACACUUGGUUUGUUUCCACUUGGCUUUUAUGAAAAAUGCUGCUGUGAACAUUCACGUAAAAGUGUUUGCAUGGCCUGUGUUUUCUUUGUCUUGAGUAGAUCCCUGAACCGGAAUUGCUGGGUUUGAUGGUGAGUUUAUGUAGUAUUCUGAGAAAUUGCCACACUACUUUUCCAGCAGCUGUGCCAUUUUUCUAUUCCCAUGGGCAGUGUCGGGAGGAUUUUGUACCCCUGUUCUGGACACUGCAUCUAAUUGUCUUUUUAACUUUAACCAUUCUAAAGCAUGUGCAGUGGUGUCUUACCUGCUUUGAUUUGCAUUUCCCUAAUGGUUAAUGAUGUUGAACAUCUUUUCAUGUUUUUAGUCUACCCAUAUAUGUCUUUUUUAUCCCAUUUAUUUAUAUCCUGAGGAAAAAUGGUGAAGAGUAGAUUUGCUGGGCCCAGACUGUGGCUUUCUGUGCUGCAGCUGUGCAGUGGAUUGCAUUCUCAGUGUCUUGUUGGCAGGCAGUGCUCCGGCAGUGAACUUCACCACACACAUGCAGAUAAACCAGUCAGUUUGAGAUGAGGAGUGUGGAGAUGCCUCAGCAACUAAGCACCACCAUGGGCCCCAACAACCUCCCCAUCCACCUGGAAGGAGCAGCAGCCCAGCCUGGUGGGAGGUGGUCAGACCAGGAACCCCUUAAUGCAGAGGGCUGCACUCCACAUACUGUGUUCUUGCAUCCAGUCUCAAAGCUCAGGGAGGAAGGGUGUGUCAUGUCUUCAGGACGGUGCCUGGUGCAGGCCUCCUGGCCCAGUCCUUAGCCAGAUCCUGGUGCUGCCCCAGGGACCAGGACCCAAGAAGUCUGCCCUACCCCGACAGCCACACACACUCGCCUGGGUCUAUGGCCGCUGUUGGGGAGUGGUCCUGUGUGCGCUGCACCUUCCUGAACCCGGCUGGCCAGCGCCAGUGCUCCAUCUGCGAGGCCCCCCGGCACAAGCCUGACCUGGACCAGAUCCUUCGACUCAGCGUAGAGGAGCAGAAAUGGCCUUGUGCCCGCUGCACAUUCCGGAACUUCUUAGGCAAGGAGGCCUGCGAGGUGUGCGGCUUCACCCCAGAACCCGUGCCUGGGGCCUCCCUCCUACCCAUUAUCAAUGGGGUCCUGCCCAAGCCACCUACUGUCCUGGUGGAACCAAAGGGCAGCUGCAAGGAGGAUGCAGGCCUUGUGCAGACAACUGGGCUAGUGGCUGUGGAGCCAACUGGGGGGCUCCACAAGGAUGUGGAGAAGGAGCAGGAAGACGAGGGGAUGGGGGCAGAGCCAGAAAGUGGCUGGGCCUGCCAGCGCUGCACCCUGCACAACACACCCGUGGCCAGCUCCUGCUCCGUCUGUGGCGGCCCCAGGAAACUGUCACUGCCCCGGAUCCCCCCAGAGGCCCUAGUGGUCCCUGAGGUUGUGGCUCCUGUGGGCUUCCAUGUUGUUCCUGCCCCACCCCAGCCUGUCCUUCCUGGAGGAGGUGCCGAGCCUGACCCUCCCUCCACUAGCCAGGGUCCCACCUCUGCCGAUCAGGAGACCCCCAGAGUACCGCCCUUCAGCCCCUUCUCACCUACCCUGCAGAACAACCCUGUACCCCGAAGCCGCCGAGAGGUUCCUCCCCAGCUUCAGCCACCCGUGCCUGAGGCUGCUCAGCCUUCACCCUCUACCAGCUCCAAAGGGCCUCCCCAGGGCCCAGGCCGCUCUGUAGCUGGGACCUCCCGCCUGGCAGAGCUGCUAUCAGGCAAGAGGUUGAGUGUGCUGGAGGAGGAGGCCCCAGAAAGCAGCCCUGCACACUGUGAGGCCUGCAGCUCUGUGCCAGGCAGCGACAUCAUUGAUCUGGCUGGAGACACAGUGCGCUACACACCCGCCAGCCCCUCCAGCCCUGACUUCACCACCUGGUCAUGUGCCAAGUGCACGCUCAGGAACCCUACAGCAGCCCCCAGGUGCUCAGUGUGUGGCUGUUCCAAGCUGCAUGGCUUCCAGGAGCACAGCGAGCCCCCCACCCACUGCCCUGACUGUGGCUCCGACAAGUCUGGCCCCUGUGGUGGCUGCUGUGGACGAGCCCCUUUAGCACACAAGGCUGCCCACCUCUUACCUGAGCGCCCUGGCCAGUGGGCCUGCCCUGCCUGCACCCUGAUCAACACACCCCGGGCCAAGCACUGUGCAGCCUGCCACACACCGCAACUCCUGGUGACCCAACGCCGGGGAGCCACGCCCCUGAGGCGCAGGGAGAGCGUGCAUGUGGAGAAGCGCCGGCAGACAGAUGAGGGCGAGGCCAAGGCACUCUGGGAGAACAUUGUGGCCUUCUGCAGGGAGAACAGCGUGAACUUUGUGGAUGACAGCUUCCCCCCUGGUCCUGCAUCUGUUGGCUUCCCAGUGGGCGACAGUGUCCAGCAACGUGUGAAGCAGUGGCUGCGGCCCCACGAGAUCAAUUGUUCUGUCUUCAGAGACCAUAGUACUGCGUGGUCAGUCUUUCAUACCCUCCGGCCUUCAGACAUCCUGCAGGGCCUGCUGGGGAACUGCUGGUUCCUGAGUGCACUAGCAGUGCUGGCCGAGCGGCCUGAUCUAGUUGAACGGGUGAUGGUUACACGCAGCCUGUGCGCGGAGGGUGCCUAUCAGGUGCGGCUAUGCAAGGAUGGCACCUGGACGACGGUGCUGGUCGACGACAUGCUGCCCUGUGAUGAGGCUGGCUUCCUCCUCUUCUCGCAGGCACAGCGAAAGCAGCUGUGGGUGGCCCUCAUCGAGAAGGCGCUGGCCAAGCUGCACGGCUCCUACUUUGCCCUCCAAGCAGGGCGUGCUAUCGAAGGCCUGGCCACGCUCACUGGCGCCCCCUGCGAGAGCCUGGCGCUGCAGGUCAGCUCCACUAACCCCCGCGAGGAGCCCGUUGACAAUGACCUCAUCUGGGCCAAAAUGCUGAGUUCUAAGGAGGCUGGGUUCCUCAUGGGCGCCUCUUGUGGCGGAGGCAACAUGAAGGUGGAUGAUGCUGCCUAUGAGAGCCUGGGCCUGCGCCCUCGCCACGCCUACUCCAUCCUGGAUGUGCGUGAUGUCCAGGGCUCCAGGCUCCUGAGGCUCCGGAACCCCUGGGGCCGUUUCUCCUGGAAUGGCAGCUGGUCAGACGAGUGGCCACACUGGCCAGGGCACCUACGGGCUGAGCUUAUGCCACACGGCAGCAGCGAGGGUGUCUUCUGGAUGGAGUACAGCGACUUUAUCAGGUACUUCGACUCUGUGGACAUCUGCAAGGUGCAACCAGAUUGGCAGGAAGUGCGGGUUCAGGGCUGCUUCCCGAGCACAGCUAGUGGGCCGGUGGGCGUAACAGCACUCACAGUGCUGGAGCGUGCCUCACUGGAGUUUGCCCUUUUCCAGGAGGGUAGCAGACGCUCAGAUACAGUGGACAGUCACCUACUGGACCUGUGCAUCCUGGUGUUCCGGGCCACCUUUGGCAGUGGUGGCCGCCUGAGCCUGGGCCGCCUCCUGGCCCACAGUAAACGGGCUGUCAAAAAGUUCGUGAACUGUGACGUCAUGCUGGAGCCCGGCGAGUAUGCCGUGGUGUGCUGUGCCUUCAACCACUGGAGCCCUGCCCCACCAGGGCCCCCCACUACAGUGCAGGGUAACCACUCCAACCAGACCGGAGGCCCACGCCCACCUCUCCCCUGUCAAAGUCCCGCAACCCACCCCUGGGAGGGCUGCCAGCUCCCUCAUUCACACCCUCCCACAGCCUCCAGCCCCUCAUCAGGGGUCCCUCGGGGUGCCCCCGAGCCACCUGGCCAUGUGCUCGCAGUAUACAGCUCCAGGCUAGUCAUGGUGGAGCCAGUGGAGGCACAGCCAACCACACUGGCCGACGCCAUCAUUCUGCUCACCGAGAGCCGGGGCGAGCGUCAUGAGGGCCGCGAGGGCAUGACCUGCUACUACCUGACGCAUGGCUGGGCAGGACUCAUCGUGGUGGUAGAGAACCGGCAUCCCAAGUCCUACUUGCAUGUGCAGUGUGACUGUACCGACAGUUUCAACGUGGUGUCCACACGUGGCAGUCUGCGUACCCAGGACAGUGUACCGCCUCUGCACAGGCAGGUUCUGGUGAUCCUGUCCCAGCUGGAGGGCAAUGCCGGAUUCUCCAUCACUCAUCGCCUUGCGCACCGCAAAGCAGCCCAGGCCCUCCUCAGCGACUGGACAUCCUCUAAGGGCACCCACAGCCCCCCACUCACACCUGAGGUUGCUGGUCUGCACGGGCCCCGGCCGCUGUGACUGCCACACCCUGGAGCAGAGGCUGUGUUCAGACCACCAGCUGUCCCCCCCCCCCAAAAUGCACUUUAUGAGGGAGACCCCGAUGGAGGAUGCUUGAACCAGAAUCUCAGGACCCCACCCAGGGAGCUGCUGGCCAAAGGGACAGCUUCCCCUGGACCCUCCCUCUUCCCCUUCCCCCCAAACUCUCUGAGUACCCUCAGUCCCCUGGCUAGGCCUCCCAGCUGCCAAGCAGAAUACCUCGAGCCAGGUGGGCUGUGUGCCAGCCUCUCUGACCUGCCAGCCUUGGGGACAGUUUCAGGUUGCCAGGGCCAAGUUGGGGCUGCCCUUUUCCAUGAGCCUGGGGGAUCUCUGUUCACAAAACCAAACCUGAAGAUCAGAGGCCAAGACCUCUCCCCACAGUGAAUGCCAGGACUCCCCUUGUGGGGAUCAAAAUCAAUGGCUUUCCCCUCAGUUUGCCCCAAACCCAGCUCCCUGCCCCAAUGAGAUGAGCAGGGUUUCUGGAGCCCUAGCACAUGAUCGAGCAGUGCAUUCCAGGAAGCAGGCACCUGGCGGCCACAGGCCCACACUUGGGGACAAAGGGCCUCAUCCAGCUGCCCCUCCCACGACACUAUGCAACUCCUGGAAUGCCUGCCAGGAUUGAAGCCAUGAUGGGGUGGCAGGCCGGGAGCCAGGCCCAGCCUUUCUGCCUGGAGAGGUGCUUGUCCUCAGCACCCCUGACCUUGGUCAGCUGAGCCAAAGUGCAGCAGAGGCCUGGGCCAGCCACAUCACAGGCAUAAGCAGGGUGCAGGGGCUCUCCAGCCCCCAACUGGUAGACAAGGGAGUUGAGUGCCCACCUGCCUGACAUCCCCCAGCUGCUUGUUGAGGCCAGAGUCCUUGUCUGCCAUGUGGACACCUGAGUCCAGCUUCUUGGGUCCCUACCUGGCUGCCACUGUCCUGCAUCCCCUAGACCCCUGGUGGCCAGCCUGCCCACAGAUCUCACAUCUGUGGGGCUUGCGGUAUUUUUACACCUAGAGAAAAUUCCCUUCUUCCCACUGGGCCUCCUUUUACUCUGAGCUGUGAAUAUUUUUAACCCUGUAAAUACAGCCAGCUCUUCAGACACAGAGACUAUUUUAUCAGCUGUCAAUCCCUUCCCUGUUCCGAUGACUCCAUGGGCGGUUUCCACUCAGGCUCCAAGGACCAAAUAAAAGUGUUUUGUUUUGUAAGGGAGGCUUCUGUCUUUUAUCACCUUCCCGGGAUCCUGUGAGGAGGGCAGGCUCACCCAAGGCCAGCAGGUGGGGUCUCCCUAGUAGAGCUGUGCUGAGGGACCCCAGGCCACUGAGGUGACUGGGCACACACUCCUGCCCAAGAUCAACCCCAGAUGAG